AUGUACAUGAAUCUCAUUCGCGGCUAUUUGGAACAGGGGAAUCUCGACAUGGCGUAUGAGCUCCGGGACGACUUUAAGACGUGUUCCUUACGCAAUAGAAUCGAAAUCUUGAAUUCCGUAUUCGUAGAGCAUUUGUUCAAGCAAGGCAAAGAUGAGGAGGCUAUGGAGCUAUACAAGAGCUCGUUAAACAACAAAGACGGAUUCACAGCAAAUGGAGCUGUGGCCAAUGCCUACUUGAAAGUGUUGCUCAAGUAUGGCAAGAAAACACAAGCUUGGGCAUUGUUCCAAUAUAUGCUUGACAAUUACUCUAACUACCACCGUUCUGAGUUAGAUGUAGAUACUCUUAAUAUGAUGGUGAACGAGUGUUUCAAGUCGGGGCGGUUCAGUGAUGCAUUGAACACCUUCAUCAAGACCAAGGCCAAGCUCAAGUACUUGCCGGUGGGAGCUUACAAGAACAUUAUUACAAGGUUUUGUCGAAACGGGAACUUGUCCGAGGCUGAGAAUGUGUUUGAUGAAUUGUUGAAAGAGAGUUUUACGAAACCAGAUGUUGCAACGUAUACAUCACUGAUUCAUGCAUAUGUUGAGGCUGGAAGGACUGAGGAUGCAGUUCAAACUGCAAACAAGAUGAUCACUUCUAAUCUCCAAGAGGCUACAAAAAUGUUAUUCUAA